GGGUUAUAUUGGUUUAUUAGCAUGUAUAAAUUGAUGGUUAAAAAAGAUGGUAACAAGAAGUAAAAUAUGUCUAAUUUGUAAACAAGACUCAAAUAAUUUAAAUCCAAUCGAUUCGUCAGAUGUACAAAUAGUUUUUAAACAAAACGUGCCGAUAGAUGUGUGCAAUUCUUGUUUUGGUAAAUUUGAAUUAAUUUUAACAUUUCUCAAAUCUUUGAAGAGAACUAAAAAUAAUAAACAAGCUUUGUGUUCAAUUUGUUUUAAAGUCAGUUUAUAUUUGUUCAAUUUAAACGAGAAGAAUAAAGAUGGAUUUGCUGAGAAAAUUCAAUACUGCAAUGUUCAAUCGUCUAUUCUACCAUUAAGAAAUGUUUGUUAUCGGUGUUUAUACUUGACAGAAUUGUGGUAUGAUUUGAAAAAACAGUAUGAAAUUGUAAUUAAGGAUCAAGUAACAUCUUCAACAUUAACAUCAGAAAAUAAUCCAAGACCUAUUUUAAAAAUAAAGUUAACAAUUCCUAAAAAUUUUAACGAAGAAAAUUCUGAAAUGAAAUUAUCUCCAAAACAAAAACGAAAGUUAUCACUCAAUCUUAACCAAGAAAAAGCUGGAAUGAAAUCAUCAAACAAAAAACGAAAAAGUGAUACAAGUAUUGAGUAUGGCGAAACUGGAACAGAAAAUCAAGGCGAAAAUACAAAAUUACAAAAAUUGCAACGAAAACUGCAAUUAGAUAUUCGUGAUGCAGACGCAUAUUCAAAAACUACAAAAUUAAAACGUGGGCGUAAUAAUACUAAUAAUUCCAUUAAGGAAUCUGAGAAAAAUGUUACUGAAAAUGUUUUAAAACCAGCAAAUACAUAUUUUACAAAUCAUCGAAAAAAAUGGUUAAAACCACACAUAAAAUCUGAUGUAAAAUUGCUAAACACAAUUUGUAAUGUAGAUUUAAGCACUAGCUUUAUACCAGAAAAAGUAUUAAAGCGUUUAGAGGAACGUAAGUUUGUUCGGGUUAAAGCUAUAGCAUCCGACGUCGAAAAUGAACAACAACCCUCACCGUCAGCUACAACUUCACCGACAACUACACAAACAAAAUCAGCAAAAAAAUUUACUGCAGCACGAAAAUUUCCCAAAGCUGUACCAAAAACAAAAAGGGUUUUUCAAAGUGAAUUAGAGGAAAUACGAUCAUCUCGACCAGAAAUCGAUUCACCAUCACGUAAAUCACCCGUAAGUGAUCGUACAGAUUUUGAUUAUGGAAUCAAUCGGCAUUCAUACGAUGCUUUUUCAACCGAUAAAGAGAAGGUCGUUAUGGUUUUAUUACAUAAUGUAGAACAAUUUGAUAAGAAACAAAUUAACAAACGUGUAUCUGAUGAUAUUGCAUCAGUGACAUCAUCGUCAACUGACGACGAUUAUAUUGAUGAAGAUGAACAAAGAUUAGGCAGAUUUUCAUGUUUGGAGAAUUAUAUGGCUGGUUUACCACAUUUAAUAUUACAUCGUAUGGAUAAUAAUGUCAAUGAUUUGAAUGCAAAAGUUAGUAAAAAGAUCAAGAAAAAUAUAAGCUUUAAGGAUUCGCCCAAAGAUGAUACCGAUGAGUUUAUCACACCAGAGAGAAAUCCUUCAUUUGAUGAGAUUAGAAAAGAAAUUGAAAAAAGGGUGAAAGAAAGAAUGGCACAAAAGAAAUUAGAAUCAGAAAAUAAUUCUUCCUCAGCCACAAAAUCUUCAAGCGAUACAGAUGUAAAAACUCCAAUUGAAGGUUCAUCGAAAGCAAUAAGCGAUGAUGAUAGUUCGGUUCCAGAAGAGACUAUUGAUUUGCGGCUUUCACCAUCUGAAGAUGAACAAAAAGAAACUACAAAAAAAACUGAUGCAGAGGCUAUUGAAAAAUCGCAAACGAAUAUUGAAAAUGGCACAAUUGAAAUUGAAGAUGAUGACGAUGACGUAGUUUGCCUAAAUGAAGAAGUUGUUGGAAGUAAACAUAAUGGUGAUAUUCAAAAUAACACUGUGGAUGUGGAGCAUAAUGAUAACGAAAAUGAAAAUACUGACUCGGAUGCAGUUCAAUGUAAUGUUGAAAUUACUACAACGGAACAAACUGAUUCAAAUCAAAAUGAAAAUAACGAUCAAGAUGUAGCAUUAAACACUCCAAUAAAAGAGAAACAAUUUUGUGCGGUUGCACAAAAACUUGCUGAAUUAGAUGCGUAAAGAUAUUGUUGAUCGAUGAUUAUAUGAAAAGUUAAUAUUGACGGUUUCAAAAUUAUCAUUCUUAAUGGACCAAAAAUUAGUGAUCUCUUGGGUUGUAUAAAUAAUUAAAAAGACCAUAACCACAAAUAUAGACACGGGGCGGUGUAUCUUAUAAUUUCAUAAUGUGUAGGAAAUGAAAGUUCUUUUAACGGUAUCGUUGAGUGAGAGGGUCAUAUCGAAAAAUUGGAAAAAUCCAUUAUAUUGAUUUUCCCACUUUAACCUGCAUUUUAUGAGCACAAUAAACAGUUUUAACUCUUAACUUAAAAAUCUGUUCAUUAAAAGAAGUCGUGGCUAUAAGGAAUUUUUACUUAUUAAGGUCUCUAAAUUGAGUGACGUUGUUGUGGCCCAGUGUUGUUGUACUGUAAAUAAAUUGUUUUGUUUCAUCUACACUUCAUUUUCUUAACUUAAGUUAUUUUGUGAUGUUUCAUAUGUGUCAGAAAAAAUAUAUAUAUAUUAUGUAGACAAUUUUAAAUAAUAACUAUAUCUCAACUCGAAAUCAGCAAAACUUCAUCCUUAAAUAGAUUAACUUUUA